CCAUGUCUAGAGAUACCGUGCUGAUCUGCGUUUCCGUGGCCGGCCUCGUCGUGCUCUCCGUCCUCACCUUCUUCUGCUCCAGCCGGCGGCGUAGGGGUCACGGCUCCUCAUCGUCGUCGUCGCACCCGAGCGUCGUCGACGUCGAGCUCGGCUGCCGGUGCGCCACCGCGGGGAUCGACGAGGCCGUCCUGACCGCGUACCCGACGAUGCUAUACUCCUCGCCGGCACGUGCAGACGACGACGAUGUUCUUCAGCCUGCCGCCGCGCCUUCGACCGGCGACAGCGAUCCAGCGCUGGACGACACGACGUGCGUGGUGUGCCUAGCGGAGUACGCGGACGGCGACGAGCUCCGGCGGCUGCCGGGGUGCCGGCACGCGUUCCACCGACAGUGCGUCGACGAGUGGCUGCGCCAGCGGCCCAGCUGCCCGCUCUGCCGCACAUCGCCGCAGUCCACCGCGGCGAAGAAUUCCUGUACCGCCGGCCAUGGCGUCAGUGUGCAGCCAAGGGAUGAAGAGAGCUAGCAGAGUAGUACUCCUACAUACCUUUUUUUUUUAAUUUAGUAGGAGUACUACAUAGGUACCUACUACUCCCUCCGUUCCUAAAUACAAGUCUUUAAAGAGAUUUCAUUAGUAGACUACAUACGG